AUGCGAGACGACGUUUCGCGCGUUGUUUUUGGAAAACCUGCUGGAUUAGCAACCUUUCCUGCCUUACCGACCUCCUUCCCCUACUCCGCUUCCAUCGCCACCAACAGAAUGAGUGACAAACAGUCGUUGCUCGAAUUAGAAAGGGAAGCGAAUGGAUUACGACGGGUCGCUUUCUUCGGUGUUGCCAUCUCGACAACGGCCACAUUGGUAUGUAUCAUCUCGGUACCGAUGUUAUAUAAUUAUAUGCAACACAUGCACACUAUCAUGCAAAGCGAAGUCAAUUUCUGCAAAUUACGUACUGGAAACAUUUGGAAAGAAGUCACUCGAACACAGGUGCUUGCUCAAUUUCACCCUUCAUCUCGAGGAACUCGACAAGCUGGCUAUGGCUAUCAUCCAUCCAUGGCUGUGGAGUCAGCACCAAUAGGAGUGUGUUGUGGAUGCGGUGUAAGCCCUCAGGGACCGCCUGGACUUCCUGGACCUAAUGGAAUGGAUGGUGAAGAUGGACCACCAGGACCACCUGGAAAAGACGGUCCAGAUGCUCCUCCUCCAGCACCGCAAAAGGAACCAGAAUGGUGCUUCGAUUGUCCCGAUGCACCUGCUGGUCCCGCAGGUAAACCCGGUCCAAAGGGCCCGCGUGGUGAA